AUGCCCCCAAACUCCCGGACAGAUGUACCGAGACCUUCCCAAUUCGGUAUCAGGGACUUUGAAGAGCUUGUUAUUCCUACCGACGAUGGCGAGAAACUCUCCGCCUAUUACAUUCGAGGUCCUCGUGAGGGCCGUAACUCCAACGUGACUGUCAUUAUGUUUCAUGGAAACGCUGGAAACAUUGGUCAUCGGCUCCCUAUAGCAAGACUGCUCAUCAAUUACACGGGCUGCAACGUCUUUAUGCUCGAGUACAGGGGAUAUGGCACGUCAACCGGUGAGCCCGACGAGGCAGGAUUGAACAUGGAUGCGCAAACCGGCUUGAAGUACCUGCGCGAAAGAGCCGAGACACGAGACCACCGCCUCGUCAUCUAUGGUCAAAGCUUAGGCGGCGCGGUUAGCAUCCGGCUGGUGGCUAAGAACCAGGACGCCGGCGACAUUAUCGGCUUGGUGCUGGAGAAUACUUUCCUGUCCAUGAGGAAGCUGAUACCAUCUGUCAUUCCACCUGCCAAGUAUCUGACUCUGCUCUGCCAUCAGGUGUGGCCCAGCGAAGCAUCUCUACCAAGCAUCACAAAGGUUCCUAUCCUAUUUCUCAGCGGUCUACAGGACGAAAUUGUGCCGCCCAGUCACAUGCGCCAGCUAUACGACCUUUGCAACGCACCCGAGAAGCGCUGGAAGCCACUGCCGGGUGGCGACCACAACUCUAGCGUCCUCGAGGACGGCUACUUUGAAGCCAUUGCCGAUUUUGUUGCCGAUGUUACGAGCCAAUCAUCCCUGGAGAAGACGCGGUUAUAG